UGCUCACUAAGAAAAUCGUGAAGAAGAUUGAAAAAAGAAAUGAGAAAAAAAUAAAUAAAACUAGACCAAUUUUUUUUUUAAAAGGUCCAAUCACGGUCACCGUGUAAAAAUGGAGAAGUGAAAAGUAAAAUCUCUGGAAAACUCGGGGGCAAAAAUCGCAGAAACCCUAGGAUUCCGAAUCCAUGGCGGAGACCUCCGUCCACGGCGCCGUCCGCCGCGAAUCCUCCGGCGACGGCCGGCGGAAUCGCGCCCAACGAAGCCUACCUCCUCCUCCUCCUCCUUCGAGCCCUGGGGAUCUCAUCACCGCCAUGCCAGACGCCGUGAUCCACCACAUCUUCUCCUUCCUGCCCCUGAGAGACGUCGUGAAGACCAGCGUCCUCUCCAAGCGCUGGCAGUCCACUUGGACCACCACCACCCAACUCGUCCUCGACGACCUCCGGCCUCGCCAUCGCGACCCCUACUACCCGGACUUCCCGUCCCUCGUCGACAGCGUCCUGUCCCGGUGCACCUCGCCCGCGGUGAAGAGGUUCCACAUCACCAUCUUCAAGUGCGACGAGGCCUACCGCCCCAAGCUCGACCUCUGGCUGCGCUUCGCGGAGGAGCGCCGUGUGGAGGAUCUUUGUCUAUGUCUUCAUCAGCUGCGGGUUUAUUAUAAACUGCCGCGGUUCUUGUACUGCUUGAGUCGGUUGGUGCGCCUGGAAGUCAGGGGCUGCUGUUUUUCGUUAGGUACUGAUGUCAGGUGGCCUUGUCUUAAGGUCUUGUCGAUAAGAAAUGCGGAGAUGAGUGAUGAUAUCCUGGAGGGAAUUGUCAGGGGAAGUCCUGUUCUGGAGUCCCUCGCGUUGCACGAUUGCGGGGGUGUGAAGAACAUUGUGAUAGAUUCGACAAGCGUGAAAGAGUUGAUACUCGCCGAUGGCGGGUUCUCUGACUCGGACCAAAUCUGGGCUCCGCAUUUGCGGUCGCUGCGGGUAUCGGGGAUCUGGGGUCUCAGUUCCGUGUUGAGACUCGACGACGUGUCUUCUUUGGUGGAAGCCGAGUUAGAUCUUGUUGUGUGUGCUGACGGCUUGUUAAAGGAACUUCUUGAGCAGCUGCGCGGAGUUUCUACAAUCACCAUUGGCGGUUUGUGUUUGCAGGUUCUGUCCGCUUUGGAGAUGGAAGGAGUGUUAUGUCCAUUGUCAAAAUGUCAGAAUCUGAUACUACGCACGCCGGUUAGUCAAUUGGAACUUCCCGGGAUAGCAUACAUGCUACGAAGUUCACAGUGCCUGGAAAAUUAUUUCUUUCUUAAAUGGGGCAUCUAUGUGCAGUUUAAUCUCAGCGAAGAAUCUAUACAACGUUUCAACUGUGACGAAGAUCUUUUGUGUUCAUGGAAGGGUAACUUUCAAUGUUUGGCGAAACAUCUCAAGAGGGUGGAGAUCAUCGAUUUUGCUUAUGGUUUGGAGUCGCAACAUCUGCUUGCCCUGAUUAAGUUUCUUGUUGGUGAUGCACUCGCUCUGGAGAAGAUGAUUAUCAAGGCUAAUUUGCAUACACAACGUGUACAAAAACAUGUUCGAGUUGCUGAUAUUGGCAUACUACUUGGUGUGAGCCGAAAUGUGCUCAGCUAUCGAAGAGCUUCCCAAAAUGCCGAAGUUAUCUUCGAUUAUCCUUUGGAAGAGGUGUCCUUUGGAAAGCAUCUGAGGAAGAUCUCGAAUUAUAAACGUGGAUGAGCACUACCCUGCUCAUUCUUAUUAACUCUCUCUUGACAGUAUUACAUGAACUGUAUGACAGUAUUGGAUUUUUAACAUGUACCUAAUUUGCACUUCUUUCAAGCUUAGUUUAGCUGUAAAUAUGAAGCUCCUCAGGAAAGAGGUUAGUAGUAGGUGCUUUGGAUUGUGGACAUAUGAAGGGGCGUUUUGGUUAAGAUACUGCUCAGCUUCCUCUUCUUUUUCAGACAAA